GCAGUGGCUGGGGCUCAGUCUACAAUCGGACGUUGCUCGGUGCGUAGCAAAGCGCAAAAAUAAACGUGAAAGCUCUCAAGUGGAAUUGUAAUCAAAGCAAACAACUUUUGAUUUCAAGUCACUCUGGGUUUGUGAAGAGUUAAAAUUUUUAAAUUUAUUUUGCCAGCAGAUUUGGGCACAUUCGCAGCAAAAUCGGGUGUAACUUUUACGUUAUAAUUUCACAGUAUAUAUUCAUCAGUCGAGCAAGCGCAGUGACCGUCGAACGUUUAUCAAGAUGCCGGAAUUAACACCAGUUCAGGAGUACUAUAAGGGCAAGACCAUAUUUAUUACUGGCGCCUCUGGGUUUAUGGGCAAGGUUUUGGUCGAAAAAUUGUUGUACUCAUGCUCCGCUUUAAAGGAAAUCAUUAUUAUUGUUCGCCCAAAGCGUGGAAAGAGCCCCGAAGUGCGUUUGGAGGAGAUGUUCAAGUUGCCGAUUUUCCAACGUAUACGAGAGGAAAAGCCGGAAGUGCUGAAGAAGGUCACCAGUUUCAAUGGCGAUGUGACUUAUGAAAAUCUGGGUCUCAGUGGUGAAAACUUGAAAUAUGUCACCGACAAUACAAAUAUCGUUUUCCACAUGGCUGCCACCCUAAAGCUGGAGGGCAAUUUAAAGGAUGCUAUUGACAUGAAUACAACAGGAACGCGUCGCGCUCUGGAUAUUUCCAAACAAAUGAAGGGUCUUGAGGCUUUCGUACAUGUGUCUACUGCUUUCUGUAACUGCGAUCAGGAGGUUAUGCACGAGAAGGUAUAUGAAUAUCCACACAAACCAGAGGAUCUCAUGCGCAUGGUUGAAUGGAUGGAUCUUAAGACCUUGGAGUCCAUCACACCCGAGUUGAUGAAACCCCACCCAAAUACAUACACCUACUCAAAGCGUUUGGCUGAGAUUUUGGUGCGUGACCACUACGAGACCAUGCCGGUGAUUAUAGCACGUCCCAGUAUCGUGUCGCCAUCGGCGUAUGAACCCGUACCCGGGUGGGUUGACAACUUGAAUGGGCCCACUGGCCUUUUGGUGGGUGCCGGUAAAGGUGUUAUACGUUCGAUGCUCAUCGAUACACGUUUCAAAUCUGAAGUUAUUCCAGUUGAUUAUGCUAUUAACGGACUUAUUGUUAUGCCUUACGAGUUCAAUAGACAGCCAACGCGUCCGGCCUCAGUGCCAGUAUACAACAUCACCGCAGCGGAACACCGUAAAAUGCAGUGGGGUGAGGCGAUCGAGAUGGGCAAGAAGAUUGGCUAUGAGUACCCCAUGGAGUUGUGUUUGUGGUAUCCGGACGGUUGUAUCACCACAAAUCGAUUGCAUCACCAAAUUAACGUUAUACUCUUCCAUUGGCUACCGGCAUACUUUAUUGAUUUUAUACUAUUUCUUUUGGGUCAGAAGCGUUUCAUGUUGCGCGUGCAGCGACGUAUCCAAGUAGGCCUCAGUGUGCUACAAUUUUUCUCGAUGCGCUCGUGGGUGUUCAAGUCAGCAGCAUAUGACGGGCUGUGGAAAUCACUCACGCCGGAAGAUAAACAAAUUUUCAACAUGGAUAUGGACCCAAAGGAGUCAAUUGAAGAGUAUAUGCUUUCCUGCCUGCACGGCGGACGUCUAUAUCUGAUGAAAGAAACGCCCGAGUCAUUGCCGCGUGCACGUCGCAAUCUAAAAAUCUUAUACGUUUUGGAUCGGUUCUGUAAGACGGUGAUAAUCGGGUUAUUGGCCUAUUGGCUUUAUAAUCGCAUUGCGUCCUUUAUCUCCGUUUAAAAGUCUCUUAAGACAGUGGCGUGAGUUGUAAUCAUGAAGCAAGCAGCACGAUGAAUGGAUUUUUUUAUUAUAUUAUAUUUGCAGCGCUGAUUCUUGAUUUUUUGCUUCAAUUCGCUUUAUAUACAAGAAAAGUAUCUAAUGGUUAUGAAAUAUUUGUUUUUAUAUUUUUAGGUUAUAUUGUUUAGUUAUAAGUGACUCCAUUGCCCAUAUGAACAUUUGUAUGUACAUGUAAUACUUAUGCGAUGUUUUUUAUAACUUCGUAAAAUAAAAAUGCAUCUUUUUGUGCAAAAUCA